CCAAUAGAAGCAGAGCAGCGUCAAGGUAAAAGUCACGGACCGACGCCGAAGAGGGAGUUUCGCUGAUGUCGGGUAGCGCACAGCACCAAGUAUGCGCUUGCUCCUGAAACUUCGCAGCCCUUUCGGCUCUUCUCUCAGCAUCGCCUCACUCUCUUUGCAGCGGUUCUCUUCCACCCUCACCUAUGUAGCGGAGGAUAAGAAAGCGGAAGCUUCAGAGAGCUUUGUUCACCCUUCUGCAAUUGUUCACCCCAAUGCUGUCAUCGGACGGGGUGUUUCAAUUGGUCCUUUCUGUACCGUUGGAUCCUCUGCAAGGCUUGGAAAUGGCUGCGAAUUAUAUCCCGGGAGCCAUAUAUCUGGGAACUCGGAAUUGGGGGAGCAUUGCGUCUUAAUGACUGGUGCUGUGGUUGGUGAUGAUUUUCCAGGACAUACAGUCAUUGGAUGCAAUAACAUUAUAGGGCAUCAUGCCGUGGUUGGUAUUAAGUGCCAAGACUUGAAGUACAAGUCAGGGGAUGAGUGUUUCCUUGAUAUUGGGGACAACAAUGACAUCAGAGAGCAUACCUCAAUUCAUCGAUCUUCAAUGUCGAGUGAUCGAACGGUAAUUGGUGAUAACAAUCUUAUUAUGGGAUCCUGUCAUAUUGCCCAUGAUUGCAAGAUUGGUAACAACAACAUCUUUGCAAAUAAUACUCUCCUUGCAGGCCAUGUUGUGGUGGAAGACUAUGUUCACACUGCUGGUGCCAUCGUUAUUCAUCAAUUCUGCAGUGUUGGUUCUUUCUCUUUUAUUGGUGGGGGUUCUGUGGUUUCCCAAGAUGUCCCGAAGUACGUGAUGGUUGCUGGUGAAAGAGCUGAGCUUCGUGGCUUAAAUCUGGAGGGUCUUCGGCGUCGUGGAUUCACAGUUACAGAGAUAAAUAGCCUGAGAAUGGCUUAUCGAAAGAUAUUCAUGCCUAUCGAUGCAAAGUCAAAUGGUUUUGAAGAGCGUCUUGCUGAAGUGGAGCAGCAUGAGGACUUGUCUCGUAUUCCUGCUGUUUGUUCCAUGGUGCGGUCUAUUCGUGACUCUCUUGAAGAAAGUCGACGCGGAAUAUGCAAAUUCAGACAUUGGAGUGGCUCUUGAAAGCAUGCUGUAGUGAGUUAUAGUGAGUUAUGGUUUCUUCUUCCCCCCCUUCCCAAUGGUUCUGGAGAACUUUCAUAGUCCUAAACCUAGUCUAAGUUAUUUUGUAGUUUAAACAAUUCUUUUGGCUGAUGUUGUUAUAAAGGUUAAAUUUGUUGCCCUUCAGCUUAUCUUUUAGAAGAAUGUUUGUAUUAGUUGAGGCUGUAAUAUGGAGAGGGAAGUUGGUGAUGCAAAUAUAUUAGGUAGAAUCGGAUUAGAACAGAAGAAAGCAAUGUAAC